GCAGUACAUUAAAAAAAAAAGUCGACCACGCAUGCGUAUUAUCGAACGUCAAAAUAAUGUUUCCUCGAGUGGCUCGACCGCUACCACGACUGGGUAACAGGCACUCCACGGUGAUCGCGAACGCAUGUGUCAAGCGCAGGAGCAAGUUGACAGAUAGUCGAUACCAUGAAGAACUUUAUCCUGGACACAUCCCCACCUCUCCGAUUCAAAAGGCCUUGCUGGCAGUGGGCUCGGGGAUCGCCGCACUGCAGGACCCCUACAGGCACGACAUGGUUGCAGUGCUCGGAGAAACGACAGGCCAUCUGGCCUUGCUAAACCUCAGGGACCGCAUGAGAAACGACCCAGAGGGAUACAGAAUUCUCACGGAGAGACCCAAGAUCCGCCUGUCCACACUCGAUUUGGAAAAGAUGGCCUCCUUACCCGAGGGAUCUUUUGGUCGGGAAUACAUCCGUUUCCUGGAAGACAAUCAUGUGACGCCCGACUCGCGGGCCCACGUGAAGUUCGUGGACAACGAGGAACUGUCCUACGUCAUGCAGAGAUACCGAGAGGUCCACGACCUGCUGCACACCUUACUGGGAAUGCCCACCAACAUGCUUGGUGAAGUUGCUGUGAAAUGGUUCGAAGCCGCUCAGACCGGGCUCCCCAUGUGUGCCCUUGGAGCUCUGUUGGGCCCGCUUCGGCUCAACGCCAGAAGUCUCCAGUCGCUGGUCACAUCUUUGGGCCCGUGGGCGGUGCGAAAUGGCCUGCAGGCUCGUUGCGUUCUGUGCGUCUUCUACGAGAGGCGAUGGGAGCAGAGCCUGGACGAUCUGAGAAGAGAACUCAACAUCCAGCCACCCCCAUAAAUGCUCACUGAGCAUUCCUUAACACGUAGAAACAUUUGAUGGACUUCAGCAGGUGGCAGAGGAGGACCUUCCCUCCAGCGGGCACACCUGCAGCCAACAUUAAUCAGCCAACUAUUUAAGGACUUCCAAGUUGUCAUGGAUCUGUCGGAUGGUUCAUCCGGCUAACGGCUCUGCCAACAAGUAGUGAAUUCUUCCGGACGUUUUAAUGCUGCCCUAUAGUUUUUAAUUAUUUCUCACGUUUUUUUCCAUCACAGACUUUUUGUUUUAUUGUUGUCUAUUUGACAAGCUGUUUCCGUUUAUACUUUUUCCUUGCCUUUUGCAAGUCUUGGGUUGAUUUGUUUUCCUGGUGUUUUACCAGCAUCCUUUGUUGUACUUUGUCAGUCAUGCGGCCUAUUUUUUGUUGUCAAUAAACCUUUUUGUCAAUGACAA